CGAAUUAAAAAAAUUAAUUCGAUUUUUCGGUAUAUUCUUUUUUUUUUUUUUGAAAGUAGGAAAACUUAUGAGAAAUCUUGUUUUAAUUUUUCUAUCCUUAGCUAUAAAAAUUGAACAUUUUAUACAUUUUUAAGUAGAAAAUAAUUUAAAAUUUUCGUAAUUUUGACGAAUUUAGGGUCAUUAAAAUUACUGUCGAUUUAUACGUUCAAAUUUUUUUUUAAUUUUCACUAACAGCUCGAAGAACUUUGUAUUAAAGUAUUUUGACAAAAAAAUUUUCUAUCGACAAUAAUUAUAAAAAUUACGGAUAAAAAUUGAAAUUUUUGUAUGCCUAUAAAUAGUUCAAAAAGAGUCAACAAUAAACAUCUUUUGAAAAUUGUUUGGUGCAUAGAAAAUACUAAUAUAAACAUUCAGUGAAAUCUAGAAAUUGUUUAGAAAGCAUGAACUUCUAAGAAGUUCUUAGAUCAUGAUGGAAAUUAGAGUAAUAACAAAAAAAAACAUAAUAUUAUAUAAUACGGAAUUACGGUUGGUACACCGUAUGUAGCGGUUAUCAAUUAUCAAGUUUUUUAUUUAUACUAGUUGUUUAUCUAUUCUGUGUUAGGUUUUUGACAAGACCUAUGAGGCUAUGACCAAUGGGAAAUUAUCAUAGGGCAAGAUAUGCGUUUUCUCAAAUUAUAUUUUUGAAAUUUUCUCUUGUAAAUUGCGGUAUUUUUCCAAUUACUUUUCUACAUAAUAUUUUCGUUUUUGUGUCCUCAUUAUUGCACCAUAAUGUAUAAUAAUAUGCUGAUUAUUGUUUAUUUAUUCUAAUACAAUUUCCGUUCGUUCCUAGUAAGUCUUUUAACUUUUGACUUGUUAUUAUUUAAAAUGUCACAGAAGGCAGCUAAAAGCAAAACCCGCCAAUCACCUAAUCCAUUGUUUGAAAAAUGGAUUUCAGAAUGGUUAAAAGAAGCUACUGAAAAAGGUCUUGAAGUCCGCCAUGGUUAUCAACGCGCAUUGAGUUCAUUGCGAAAAUGUCCAUUGCCAUUUAAAAGCGGAAAAGAAUGUUUAAUUCUAAAAUUUUUUGGUCCAAAAUUAUGUGCCAGAUUAGACAAGCAGCUUGAACAACAUAAUAAAAUAUCUUCAGGUUCAGAUGAAGGUAUUACGGCUGACAUUUCUAAAAAUACAAAACUUGUCAAUGUCUUACAACCCUCAACAAGUAAUCAAAGUCAGAAUUCAAUAAUAUCGCUGACUCACAAUGAUUUGCCUAAAAACAAUCCUACCAUUGCAGAGAAAGAAAAGAUUGUUUUGUGGCCAAAUGAAUUUACUGUCAUGUUGCUCAUUGAUACGGGCGAAUCAAGUAGUUUACGGUAUGUGCCUUGUGUAUAUUUUAGAAACAAUAUGUUUCAUUUAUUGGUACUUUUUUAUAAUAGUAAAACCAACGUGGACAAAGUAAUUUCUGAAUUGUCAUCUUUAAAUGUGACUUUCGAAAUGAGACGGUUGAGUGUCGGAGAUUUUGCUUGGAUUUGUUGUGACAGAAGUGGAAAAGAACUUAUGUUACCAUAUAUACUAGAACGAAAACGAUUAGAUGAUCUAUCAGGUAGCAUUCAGGAUGGCCGUUUUCAUGAGCAGAAAUUUAGAUUAAAACAAUGUGGACUUGAAAACAAAAUCUAUCUAGUUGAGAAUGAAAAAAAAUAUCAUGGAUUACCAAUAUCUCAUUUACAACAAGCAUUGGCAAACACGGAGGUCAUAGAUGGAUUUACAAUUGUAAGAACAGAAAAUCAUUUGGAAUCUAUGAAAUAUAUUGCCAACUUCUCUAAUAUACUUACAAAUAUGUUCAAGGACAAAAUGCUUACAACUCAUAUUGAUGAAGUAGAUUCGGGUUAUGGAAACUCUUCAAAUGUAGUAAAACUCAUAUCUUUUAAAACUUUUUCGUCAGGUUCUGCAAAAAAUAAGAACAUGACUGUACGAGAUAUGCUGAUUCGGCAAUUACUUCAGAUCCGAGGAUUGUCUGUUCAUAAAGCAUUUGCAAUUGUUGAGCAAUACCCUAGUCCAAAAUUACUUGUUAAUGCAUUUAGAAGAUCAGAUAAUCCAUUAUUAUUGGCAAAUAUAUCCUAUGGUAUACCAAUCAAAACUGUUGGGCCAGCCGUCAGCAAGACAUUGUUUCAAAUAUACUCUGCAAAAUAAUGAUAACCGUGUGUAAAUUAUAAUAUAUAUGUAAAGCUAAAUAAUGAAAUAAUGAAUACUUGUUAGGUAAACGUUAUUGUGAAAAUGAAUUAUAGUCAUAAAAAUAAAUAUGUGUUACGUUUAUAUUUAAAAUAUAGUAUUAUAUUUAUAUUUUUGAUGA